AUUGACCAAUGGCUCUCUUCUUUUCUUCUAAAAACAACCCAGCAUUUCUUAUUCUCUUCUUUUUAUCAUCUCUCCUCUUUCUCACUACCCAACAAUGCAACCAUCACCACUUCUCUGCUUUGCUCGACUUAAAGAAUGGCUUUGACUUCACUGAUUAUUACACCCUCUCUACUCUCCCCUCUUGGAAUUCAAACAAUACCGAUUGCUGCUCUUGGGAAGGCAUCAUGUGUGAUGGACCCACUGGUCACGCGAUCAGCCUCGACCUCAGUGAGCUCCAUAUCUCUGGCCGGAUUGAUUUUGAAAGCCUCUUUCGUCUUCGGAGCCUCCAGAGGCUCAACCUCGCUUACAAUCACUUUGAUCCCUCUCCAUUCCCAUCUGGGUUUGACCAGCUCACCAGUUUGACGCAUCUCAACCUCUCUCACUUAUCCUUUUACGGCCAAAUCCCACUGGAAAUCUCCCGCUUGACCAAUUUGGUUUCUCUCGAUCUUUCUUCCAAUCUAUACGACAAUGGUUCAUCCUUUAAAUUCCUGAAACUCAAAAACCCAAGCAUUGGAGCAGUCGUCCAAAACCUGUCCAAUCUGAGUGAAGUCUAUCUGGACUGGGUACACAUCUUACUGCAGGGCCAGACCUUAGAUUUCCCACUCCCUAUUCUCCGCAAGUUGAGCUUACGAUAUUGUGUUCUUUCAGGUUCCAUCUAUUCUUCCCUUUCACAGCUCCAUUUCUUAUCUGAACUCGACCUCAGCUAUAACAAUCUCUCCUCUGCAGUGCCUAGCUUCCCAGGGAGUCUCCGCAAGUUGAUCUUACAAGGUUGUGACCUUUCAGCCUCCAUCUAUUCUUCACUUUCACAGCUCCAUUUCUUAUCUGAACUCGACCUCAGGUAUAACAAUCUCUCCUCUGCAGUGCCUAGCUUCCCAGGGAGUCUCCGCAAGUUGAUCUUACAAGGUUGUCACCUUUCAGCCUCCAUCUAUUCUUCCCUUUCACAGCUCCAUUUCUUAUCUGAACUUGACCUCACCUCUACCAAUCUCUCCUCUGCCGUGCCCAAUUUCAUAGGGAACUUAUCCUCAUUGACGUCCCUGCUCCUUGAAGAUUGUGGAUUGCGUGGAAAAUUCCCUGAGAGUGUUUUCCAGAUGCCAAAUCUACAAAUCAUUGACAUAUCAGACAAUCCACUUCUAGCUAUCAAUUUGCCAGAGUUCACUCAAAACAAUACUCUGCAGCAAUUGAUCCUUUCAGACACUGGAUUAUCAGGAAAGUUACCAGAUUCUCUCAGUAAUCUCAAAUUCUUGACUCAAUUAGACCUCAGAAAUUGCAACUUGUCAGGAUCAUUACCAUCCUCACUUUGGAACCAUACCAAACUGCAAUAUCUGUAUCUUUCAUCCAAUAAAUUGAGCGGUCCAAUUCCUUCAUCAUUGUUUUCACUCCCAUCAUUACAUUCACUGGACCUCGCAGGUAACCAACUUAGUGGUCUAUUAGGCGAGUUCCACAAUGUCUCUUCUUCACAGCUGGAGUUACUCUAUUUGGAUAGCAAUAAAUUGCAGGGGAUGAUACCGAGAUUCAUCUUUCAACUUACCAAGCUUCAACUACUUUACCUUUCUUCCAAUAAUUUCAGUGGUGUUGUGGAGCUAGGCUUAUUUCAAAACCUCAAAAAACUUUACUUUCUGGAUCUUUCAGAUAACAACUUGUCAGUCCAAUAUGGCAGUGGUAAUUCCACAUUUGUUUCCAUCCCCCAGUUUCAAUCUUUGUUGUUACGUUCUUGCAACAUCAGCACAUUUCCAAAUUUCUUGAGAAAUCAAGAGCAGUUGAGGCAAUUGGACCUUUCCAACAAUAAAAUUAGUGGUGAAAUACCCAAAUGGAUAUGGGAGGUUGGCAAUGGGUCUUUAAACUCUUUAAAUCUAUCUCACAAUGUUCUGCAGGGAAUAGUACCAUCUCCCCAUCUUUUGUUGAGUGACUUCAGUGUUCUGGACAUUAGCUCCAACAAGCUAGAAGGCUCACUUCCUAUCCCACCGCCGUCCUUUUUCUUUUCAGUUUCAAACAAUAGCCUUGGUGGUGAAAUCCCUCAAUCAGUUUGCAAUGCAACAUCCCUAGUAGUCCUUGAUUUAUCUCACAAUCACUUCACCGGUCAGAUUCCACCAUGUUUGGGUGAGAUUGGUGAUAGCCUCAAUGUGUUGAAUCUUCAAGGAAAUGCUUUCAAUGGCACCUUACUUCAGACAUUUAAAGAGGGAUGUAACAUAGAAACGCUUGAUCUCAGUGGGAAUCAAUUAGAGGGUCAAGUGCCAAGGUCUUUGGUCAAUUGCAAAAUGUUAGAGGUAUUAAACCUUGCAAACAAUCAAAUACAUGACACCUUCCCUUUUUGGUCGGAAGCUUUGUUCCAGUUGCGUGUUUUCAUCUUGAGAUCUAACAAAUUUCAUGGCACUAUUGGGCAUCCUCUAACAAAUCAAGCUUUUCCUCUGUUACAAAUUUUCGACCUCUCUUUCAAUAGCUUUGAGGGUAAUUUGCCAUCAAAUAUGUUCAAGAGCUGGAAGGCAAUGAUGGAAGACGACAAAUCCCAAUCUUUGGUCCUUGGAAAAAUGAUAAACAGAAGUUCCAUAUACUAUCAAAACAAAGUGUCUGUAGUGAGCAAAGGGCUAAUGAUGGAAGUGGUAAAGAUCCUUACUGCCUUCACUGUAGUGGAUCUCUCAGGGAACAAAUUUUAUGGGCAUAUCCCAGAAUCAAUUGGGGAUCUAAAGUCACUCCUUGUGCUUAAUAUGUCCAACAAUGAUUUAACAGGUGGAAUUCCAAUAUCACUACAGAAUCUAAGGGAUCUAGAAUCAUUAGAUCUCUCACAUAAUAAAUUGUCUGGAGAGAUCCCUUGGCAGCUAACAGAGCUAACAUUCCUUGCAGUGUUGAAUCUCUCACAGAAUUUCCUCAUGGGCAAAAUACCACGAAGUCGGCAGUUUCUUACAUUUAAUAAUGAAUCAUUCAAAGGAAACUUAGGAUUGUGUGGACCUCCACUAUCAAACAAAUGCGAAGAUGCAAAGAGUGCACCAUCGCCCACUUUGUCAACAUUGCAAUCUGAAAGGAAAUAUGAUUGGGAAUUAAUGUGGUUAGGAUUUGGAGUUGGAUAUGGAGUAGGUGUAGGGAUGCUUUUCUGGACUCUAGCACUUUGGAGGAAGGGAAGAAGAGAAUUCUAUAUAUUUGUUGAUGGAAUGCUUUCUUUGAUUUUUCCUUCCAUGGUGUUUUCUAAAUAGCAAUGAUGGUAAAAGGAUUGGAGCUAGGGUAAGUAUGUUUGUAUAGUUUGUAGCUAAAAGAAAAAAUUUUAGUUGUUUUCUCCUUUUUGUAAUUUUAUGUUUUUGCUUGGUCUUUAUCAUAUAUGCUGCAGUUGUUUGUUGCAUUUGCACCUACUUGAAUGGUUGUACGGAACACUUUCAAAUAAAUAAAAUUACAUGUGGUGUGCUCCCACAUUUCUGCAAAAAAGAAAAAAAGAAUGUCUAAGCUGUCUCUUUGUUUUCAAAUUUUGGCCCACCUUAGCAACAAGAUAACUUA